AUGUCGGUUCCUCUGCUCUCCCGGCGCAUGGCGUCUUGCUCGAUCAGCAAUCGCACCGCAAGCGCUUCGACCAAGCAUGUCUCCCACGCACUUAAUCUGGCACCAGCCUUUUCGACAUCCUGCAAAGCUUCUCAAGCACCGAUUCCCACGCCGGUCAUGCCUCAAGCUCAGGCCGAAGCGCGCACGGAGCCUCCCAAGGAUCUGUUUGAACUGGCUGUACGCUACCCACGCCAUCCACUCUUGGGUUUCUUCGAGAAAGUCACCAACACCAUCUAUUCAUCUCAUCCAUUCCAUCCCUCCAAGGGGGUCAACAAAGGUACGAAGCAACCGUACGGCGCCGAUCUUCCAGCUAGCGUGAGAGAUUCGGAUUUCGGCACACCGUACCAGUGGGGAAGGAGCUGGAAAGUGCCGGAAUUGCGAACCAAGAGCAGCGUGGUGCUUCAUCAGCUUUGGUACACUUGCUUGUUCGAGUGCAACAAGAUGGCCACUACAAAUGCCGAGAUCAGACGAGUGGGUCUUGCGCGUAAUGCAGAGCAAGCAGGUUGCAACAUCGAAAAGAGGAAACACUCGGUGAGUGGAUACGAAUGCAUAGUGGCACAGCUGCCGUCGGGCUUUUUGGCCGGUUUGACAUGCUGAUAGAUCCCUCGUCUCCUCUUGCUGCAGGUGCGGAAGACGAUGGCGCGCAUCAAAUUUGUGCUCAAUGAGCGCAGAUUGUCUUUGCAGCAAGCGAUCAAGGAAGCAAAAGAAGCGGAAAUUGAAGACGGGGUCAAUGUCGAGGAGGAGCCAGCAGAGGCAGAAAAAUCGGUCAGGUUGACUAGACAGCAGAGGAUCAAAAAGCUGAAAAAGCUUUACAAACAGGGACAAAGUUUGGAAGAAGCAAAAUUGUUGGAGCAGGUGAAUGCUAAUGAGCUACUGGCUCAGGAGCGAGGCCCAGAUCCGACAGCUUUUGAUGGAAUUGCAGAGGCGGAGCUGAGGCAGAAGAUCAAUGCUGCCGAUGCUUGA